AUGGAAUCAUUUUUACCAAAGAUUAAAUCGGUGGAUUAUCAAGGUAUUAGUAGUAGUAGUGAUGAUGAUGAUGAUGAUGACAAUAACAACAAUGAAAACAAUGUAAUGGAUUGUGAUUCAAGUUCAAGUGGUAGUAGUGAUGAUGAUGAUGAAGAGAAUGGUAUUUUCAAUUCUUUACAAAAGAAUCAUGACAUUUACUUGGAUCCAGACCGUGCACAACAAACUAGCAAUCCUGAUGGAAAGGUAACUCCAAAGGGACUGGUAGAAUUCCUCUCUUCGUUUAGUCGAUUUGAUUUCGACUUGUAUGCGUGGCACCGUCCGUAUGUGGGUGAUGCAGAGUUGGCUUGGACGAAUCAUCGGUGGCGUCUGGGACUUGCAAUAGUGUCCAAAGAGAUGUUUAGGUUCGUUAGCGAGCAUCUCAACACGGCUGUUUCAUUUGCGACGUAUCGUCACCGUGCAGUCGUUGACACUGCACAAGACAGACGCACCCCUCCUCAUGCCGGCGGUGCAGCUGCGUGUGUCGCUCAACUUCCCCGCCGUCACCAAGCUGGUCGCACCCAACGUGGCGUUUACGAUCAAGUUGUUUGCGCAUAUCGACCAGUCGAUGCCGCUGCUGUCAGUGUUGGUCAUCCGGUCGACACCCAGUCAAAAGGAGCUGGUCCGAUACCUCACGAUCCCCGACCCCGCCAAUGUCAAGAUCAACAUCCCGAUCGGCCGCCGAUUCCAGUUAUCCCGUCCAUCUCCCAUAUCAGUCUCACACUCAACUUUUUCCUCUCGACCGCGGCCAAACCCGUCACCAAGGGUAUGGAGCGGAUCAAGUCGAUUGAGAUCACCCACACGCUCACCAAAAUCACAGACCUACUCGAACAAAUGGAAAACCUCCGAGAUGCCACCAAACUGACCAUCUGCGCGUCCGAAGACAAAGGUCUUGCCACCAUCAAAAAGAAUAUAUCUGAUUAUAACAUGAAGUCUGCCGAGUGCGGUAUUUGGGAGAUCAAUGGAAUCAAACCAACCAUCAACUCUGUUCUUGCAAACGGAUUAGUCUACAAGAUAUUCUUGACAAAGAUACCAAAUCCACAAUUCCAAUUAGAUUCAAAUACCGCUUCUCCUGUUGCUACCUCUACUCCUCCUCCUCGUGCCAUAGAUUUGAGCGAGAUUACUUUCUUUGACCGCAACUCUCCCUCAACUCCUGUAACUUUGACCAGCCAAGCUCCGAAGUUAACUUUUUCCGACUUGUUCACUUCCACCACUUCCACCACCUCUACAACAACAACAAAUAACAACAAUGUCAAACCAAUGGAAAUCGAUACACAAAAGAAAGAUAUUAAAAGAAAGGCAGAGGAAAAAGAGAAUGAAGAAAAAGAAGAAGAGGAAAAAGAGGUCAAACAAGAAAAGAAAAAGGCAAAACCAACUCCCAAGAAACAAUCCAAACCAACUCCUGCCACUUCUGCUGUUGAAACUACAGUAGUUGCAAACCCAAUACCAACUAUAGAUACUCCAUCACCAGUAAAUCCUCAGCCACCAACUGUAGUUUCAACACCUACAAAAGCAACGGAAACAGAAAUCUCCUCUCUUCCUCAACCAAUUUCCCCUCCAAAACCAUUCUCUCUAAGAAAGAAAAAAAACUCUCCACAGAAAAAAUAA